CUGUUAUCAUGAGAGUUUUGAUCAAUAGAAAAGUCCACACGCCUCAGAGAGAAACUAUCUACUUUCGACUUUCCAUUUCUUGGAGUCUACACACUCAUUUUCCGACAAUAUGUACGAUUUCUGCUUCACGAUCCCCUAUGGCUUGAUCCUUAUUGGAGGUGGCGUUUAUGGAUUCGUCAAGAAAGGUAGCACAGCCUCCUUGGCCGGGGGUGUUGGCAUUGGAUUGCUCCUCCUCUUGGCUGGAUGGUUGAGCCUCCAAGCCUUUGAGAAACGAAAGAAUUCUUACUUUGCUUUGGUUCUUGAGACUGUUUGUGCAGCAGCUUUGACUGUGGUUAUGGGAUUGCGUUAUCAGAAGACAUCUAAGAUUAUGCCAUCUGGUAUUGUAGCUGGGAUCAGUGCUCUGAUGACUGGGUUUUACCUGUACAAAAUUGCUACUGGAGGUAACCAUUUCCCUGCCGGGGCCAAGUCUGAGUGAUUGCUUUGAGCUUUGUUUGUGAGACUAAUACUAUAAGAUAGAAUAGAACAACAGAGACAAACAUGCUUCUAUUAGAAGGUUUUUGCUAUCUUGAACAAAGAUAUAUUGCUGUAUAUUACUCCUAUCGGUUGUAUGUAUGAGACAAAAGAUUACUGGUCUUUAGAAAUUUAACAAAUGUAGUCUCUCAAGAUUUAUUUGUUAAGAUGACUUUCAUAUCUAGUGAUACAAAGCCAAGCUCAUUGAAUGAGUGAUUGAGAAGCA